AUGGUGGGCGACAAGCGCCCAUCACAACCCAAACAGGAUGCAUCGGGCAAGCGCCAGGGCCUGACGGGUGACUCGUCCACUCAACCACCCCCUUCCUCCGACACCGACGAGACGUCUUCCUCGGCCAUCGUCGACGCGUCUGCCCACAAGGGGGCUGAUCCUCACUGCCCCGAGUCUCCCGGUAGCGACCACAUCAGCCAACCCGAUGACGAGGACAUGCUCUCAACGAAUGGUGACACACCCACGGAUGGCGCUGGUGUGCUCGCCGCUUCUCCACCACACAACGAGCAACGCCCCAUUGAAGAGUUCACCGACCCAGGUUUCGUUCCGUCGCCAGAGUUUCAGACGCUGUUUCGGCUCUCCGAGUUAAUCAGCCAGCGCGCCGACCGUGGCCUAACCCCGAUCGAAGACGAGGACGAGUUCCAGCGUGCCAUAGAUGCCUUUGUUGGGCAGCGGCCUGGCACGGCCACCGCAUAUGAGGAGGCUCUGCAGCCGCAGGACGGGGGCAGUUGCCUGUCCCCGCUCGCCUCCGAAUAUGGCGAAUCCGAAGCCGAUGAAGUUGCUGCCAACCUUGCGGCCAGCCCCAACGCAAGCCCCAACGCAAGCCCCAACGCAAGCCCCAACGCAAGCCCCAGCGGAGACGUCGACGCGACCUUUAACGCGAGCGGCUAA